AUGACUACUUUCGACUACUUUUCCCAUGUUGAGCUGCCCACACCGACGCUGUCUCCCGAAGAGGCAUGUGCCCUCUUGCACCAACAAUUUGGCAUUGCCGCCAACUUGCGGCCGCUCGGCAGCCAGCAGGACCAGAAUUUUCUCGUCCUAACCGCCGCCCAUACCGAGCCGUUGGGCGUGCUGAAGAUCAGCAACCCCGCCUUUAGUGGUUCGGAGAUUGAGAUGCAGGAUGCGGCCGCUAUUGCCGUUGCCCGUGCAGAACCAUCCCUGCGUAUCCCUCAUGUCAUCGAGGGACCGCGGGGUGCUAUGUCGGGGUGGUGGCAGACCAGUCAGGGACGUCUACACUGCCGCAUCAUCUCCUUCGUGUCAGGUACUACAUUGACCGGCUCACAUUACCUCAGCCCGGCUGUGGUGCAACGGCUGGGCGAGCUCUCAGCCGCGGUCAGUUUAGCCCUGGCUACUGAGACCCAUCCUGCUGCGGGACGUACUUUGCAGUGGGAUCUACAACACGCCGAACGCGUUGUUGUCACUAUUACCGCCACUGAACCCGAUGUCGACGUGCGAGCGCUUACUGCCCAAGCCAGCCAACAUGCGUUAUCAUUGCUACGCCCUAUAUCAGAUCGCCUGCCACGUCAGUUGGGCCAUUUUGACGUGACCGACGAUAAUGUCCUGCGUCCGGAUGGCAAUCCUCUUAGUCUGCCAGAUGCCGUAAUCGACUUUGGCGAUGUGGUUGAAUCGUGGGCAGUGGCAGAGAUUGCCGUCACCGUUUCCUCAAUGCUACACCACGCCGAUGCCUGCUACCGCACCGUGCUGCCGGCCAUCGUCGCAUUCAAUCGACGACGCCGUCUCAGCGAUGAUGAGAUCACCGCGCUAUGGCCGUUGGUGGUCCUGCGUGGGGUCGUUCUGGUGCUUAGCGGACGUCAGCAGGUGCGUCUCGACGUCAAUAAUGAGUAUGCUAAACGAGCGCUGGACCGCGAGUCCACGAUCCUCCGUCGCGCCACUGAGGUGCCAUUGGAGGUGGUUACCGCCCAGAUACGCCAUACGCUGGGACUCCCCGUCGCUAUAGCGCCGCGCUGGAGCGGCAAGUCGAUCCUGGCAGCGCCACGAUCGGUGGUGGUACUAGAUGGCUCUACUCUGUCGACGUUGGCCGACGAGGGAGCUUGGCUUCAGAAUGAUGCAGUAGAGCGUGCCGCACAGCACUUGCUGGCCCAGGGUGCUGAUAUGGUCGUGCUACCAGCCUUGCGACCAGUGCUGUUAGGUGCCCCAGCCAGGACACAACAACUACCCUCAACAGUCCCUACUUCGGCGGCCGCAUGGUUUGCCUCUGCCGCCACCCUUGAAAUACCUGCCAAUCUAUAUGUUCGACAAGCUGGGACAGCUCUGCCUAUGGGAGUAGCAACAGUUGAAGCCGGCAGCCGCAUCGACGUGCUGCUGACUGCGCUUGAUCAAGCUAAUGUGCCAACUGCAAUCCCUGCCGUCGAUCUGCCUGGUUGGAGCGUGGUAAUUGGCGAUGCAACCGCAGCGCUAGGCGUGACGCCACCCACGAAUGAUGUGGACGACAAAGGUCUGCUGGAACGGCGUGAAGCUGUGGUGGCAGAGGUGCAGGAGCACUAUUAUGCCCGUCCACCACAGAUCGAACGGGGCUGGCGCGAAUACUUAAUGGACGUUGACGGCCGUGUCUACCUCGACAUGGUCAACAAUGUCGCCUCGGUAGGCCACGCCCAUCCUCGUAUUUCCGCGGCCAUGGCACGGCAGACCCGACUCCUAAACACCAAUUCGCGCUUUCACUACGCCGCCAUCACGCGCUACGCCGAACGGCUUGCCGCUCAACUUCCUGAUCCGCUAGAUACGGUCUUCUUUGUCAACUCGGGCUCUGAGGCGGUUGAUCUAGCUAUUCGUCUGGCGCUAGCGGCCACUCAGCGUCAACAUGUGGUGGCCAUGGCCGAGGCCUACCACGGUUGGACCUAUGCCAGCGAUGCUGUUUCCACCUCGAUCGCUGACAAUCCGCACGCGCUGCAGACACGGCCCGACUGGGUGCAUACCGUUGAGGCGGCCAAUGCAUACCGCGGCCGUUAUCGUGGAGCCGAGGCCUCGAAGAACUAUGCCGCCGACGCGGUGGCACGUCUGCAGUCGUUGGCUGCCGAAGGGCAUGCACCGGCCGCCUUCAUAAGCGAGACCUACUACGGCAACGCCGGCGGCAUAGCGCUACCUGACGGCUACUUGCGCGAGGUCUACGCGGCAGUACGCAACAUGGGCGGAGUGACUAUUGCCGAUGAAGUCCAGGUGGGCUUUGGCCGUCUGGGCUCUUGGUUCUGGGGCUUCCAACAACAGGCUGUUGUGCCCGAUAUCGUGGCGGUGGCUAAAUCUAUUGGCGGUGGCUUCCCGUUAGGUGCCGUAAUUACCAGCCGCACCAUUGCUGAUCAAUACCGUAGCCAGGGAUACUUUUUCUCUUCCACUGGUGGAUCACCUCUGUCAUCAGUCGUGGGACUCACCGUCUUGGACAUUAUUCAAGAGGAGCAUCUGCAGGAGAAUGCGCGAGUUGUUGGUGCCUGUCUGAAGACGCGGCUGCGGGCGUUGGGCAAACGUCACCCCCUCAUAGGCACCGUCCACGGCGAUGGCCUCUACCUGGGCCUCGAAUUUGUGCGCGACCGCACCAGCCUGGAACCGGCAACAGAGGAGACUAGAGCUAUCUGCAACCGGCUGCUGGAACUGGGAGUAAUUAUGCAACCCACUGGGGAUCAUCAGAAUGUACUCAAGAUUAAACCGCCGCUCUGCAUUACCCAACAGUCUGUUGACUACUUUGUCGAUAUGCUGGACUAUAUACUCUUAAAGGGAUUUUAA